AACUCCAAAGAGGAAUAAAUACAAUAGAACGUAUGUCAAGUUUGAAUUAAUGUCAAGGUAAAUCCAGAAAAAAUGGCAAAGCAAAGAGCAAUUAUUUGAUAAAUUUUACAAGGACUGGGACCAAACAUAAUAUGACUACUAAAUAGCAUAGAUUUCUCUUUAAACCGCUCCUAAAAUGACAGACACACGCGAUUACCAUCACCAUCCAUCCAGUGUAUUUUCAACUGACACCAUGAAAUUAGCCAGUAGUGCCUCCGAGCAAAAUGUUUAUUUCACCUACGUGUGUCUUGUCAAUGAUAUCAAACCCGGUGGCACUUUUAAUCCCAAAUGUGGGCUCAAUGAGAAAACAUCACAAGAUUUGAUCGAUGUUUCAUCUGCCCAUAAUGAGGAGGUGAAUCAGGAGGACCAACCUAUACAAGUAGAAAGAUCGAAAGCGCUUCACGAACUAGUGGAAUCGUACAAGAAAGCAGAACAAGCUGACCAGAAUGAAACUGACUCAUCUACGCCAUAUCCAACCACUACGUCGGGCGACGAUAGCGAGUUAUCGGAGAUCGAUGAGUGUAAUUUCAUACCCUGUGACAACCCAAACGUUUUAAAACUAACCAAAAUGAAGUGGCUAACUGAGGAUACCGAAGAUGGCCCCGAUUCUAGUUCACCAUCGAUUUCACCUACAACUUCGAGCUCUAACUGUAGUAAAGUUUCCGAAGAUGAAAUCAAAGAAGAUGUUAAUGGUUUGGGAGACAAAUAUUUGUCGACUAUACUGCGGUUGGACAAAGAGCACAACAUGUUUGGCUUGUCAAACAUUGCCAUAGUUGGAGCCAAGCCAUCUAAGAUGAAACGCAAGGACGAUGAUAGGCCUGUGUUUCAUCAAACAGCUAUCGUCCAAAUAUGUUGUGGCAAGGGUUGUUGCAAGUAUAAGAGCAACACGGAUCUACCAUUAUCUUUGAAGGGGUGUGGCGGUUGUAGAGGCUGUUGUGCCGAUCCAUGCUGCACUAUUUGUGUACCACCAUGCACCCCUCCAUCCUGUGUGGAAGAAUUACCACCGUGUAGUCCUUUCUGCUCUUCAUGUCCAAGAGGAAAGUGUUCUUGCAAGUACACAUGCAAACCUUCUAAAUGCACGGUGGAUUGCAGUAACUGCUUUGGCUUAAAGAUCAAAUUGAAUCGCAAACCAAAAUACGAAGCUCCGGCGGUCGAAUUAACUCCACGAGCUAGUUGCGAGCUACAAAAACCAUUGGCAGCUCGAUCCUGCCAUCACCUGCCUCAGUGCAUUCCACCUUCUUCGUGCUUCCCUUACCUGAUGCCCUGCUUCUGGCCGGCUCGACCCUCAGCGCCUUGCACCUCGCCAGCACGAUGCUUCCACAAUCCCCCGUGCCCGGCAGCUAGGAAACGUGCAAGAGUGUCUCCACCUAGGGAAUAUAUUUGCCCGAAGAAAUGCGUGGAUGAGCAAAAGCAAACGAAAUGUGAUAAUGAUAUUUGCCCUGGGAAUAAUCUUGUGCUGAGACGAGCUAUAGAGAAUAGAUUUGGCAUGCCACCUCCUUCAAGUUAAUAAUGGUUUUGCCGCAUGACAAUCAUCCCUGUUGCGAUUGCAAAACGGAUGUUGAUGGCUCUCAUAAACAAAUAGAAGAAAGUAUUGAAGUUAAAAUACAUGGAAAAAAGAAGAAAAAACCCAAACAUAAUAUUAAAUGCGAAUGUUCGAAGCCCGGGUGUGCCAGUUGCUUUGUGAGUAGACCCCAG